AGAACGUCACGCUAUAUCUUUCCUGGAGAGAACGUGGCGCACUAUCGCUGCUUCCUGGUGCACAGAGGUAAAAAUCUACCGUAAUUUCAUGAAUUUUUUUUGUGAAAUUCGUUUCAACCUUCUCACCCUUAAUCAACCACUUUUUCUCUAGGCUGUUUCGUUUUGGAGGAAAGACGUUUGAGCAAGAAAUGUGAGUAGAAUAUUUUAUCUACCUUUUAUGAUGAUUACAGUGAAAUAUAUAUUCAUGCGGAAAGCCAUGUAGUUUCGAUUUCAGCGGCUACACCGUUAUCUUCCUCUUUACCUGUUCUAAAAUCAGUAAUAUGCUUAACUAUAUGACAUUGCAACUGUCUCAACAUUCGGAAUCUUGGGCGCCAUUUGGUUGUAUCAUACAAAAGUGUAAACGCAGCUGCUUUGUAAACUUGACUCAGAUCGACAAUAUCCGAGAUCACAAUUAAUAGGACGGAUGUUAGUUUGUGGUAAGAGUUUAAGUAUUAAAAAAAAUAUAACAAUUUGCAUAAAAAAUCGAAGGUAAUGUUGUUUCUUGUCUGCUACAUUGGAAUUCUGACCACAGGAUCUGCUAAAUCACUGCCGUCUUCAAAUGUUCCAAUAUUGACGAGUGCUUGUCACAGUGAAAUUUCAGUGUAAAUUACGUCACGCGUGUUCAAUUUGCUUUGUAGGCUUUGAAGAUAUCGCACAAUAACCUUUAAAUAAGAACGCUCCUUGUCAUAAAAAUAUAGAAACUCUCUUUAUGACAUAGGGUCAGGUCAAUAUGUAUAAAAGAAUCAUAAACCUACUGCUGCAAACUGACAACAAUGUGGGAAUAUGUAAAUUUUUACAAUAACCCUUCAGUCCCUGUUAGCUUUAUUUCUGGGUUUUUCUCACCUAAAUAAUGUGCUUCGCAUGGUCUCAUAUAAGGUGUUCCGUGUGUUUGAGACCUUUAUAUUUUAAUUCAGCUGCGAUUAUGGUUUUACAUUUUACGCCAGGAUAAUUUUUGCCUGAGCAGACUUGCCAAGUCUCACGACUUUGUCGUCAUGUGUUGUGAGUCUCUCGAUCGAUUCAACUUCUUAUCUCAUGCUCUCACGAGUUGACAACUGAUUUCUCACGCUUCCUCGAAAACUCAAACUCCAAAAACCUUGUUGGACCAUCUCUAGGAUUCAUUUCAAGUUAGACAGCAAACUCAAGAGUAAGACUAAUAUGUCGAAUUGCAGACCGCGGAACCGGGGAACCUGCUGAACCUACGGAACCUAAAGAAAUUCACCAUAGCAAUUGACCACUCCGGAAAAUACCAUAACAUACCAUAAUGCUCUUUGUUUGUCAACCCAAAAGUUUGCAUAAGCAUUGUUUUCAGUUUCUCUUGGGGCCCAUUUUAACUCCCAAGAGAAAUUGAAGACAAUGUUUAUGCAAAAUUUUGGGGUGACAAACAAACAACAUUAUGGUAUGUUAUGGUAUUUUCUGGAGUGGUCAAUAGAGGGUUACAUUGAAGUGGCAUUCAACAUAUUACACAGGAAAAAAUAACGGAUUCCCAUUUUUGGAUAUUUUUGGGUAUUUAAAGAAUACCCACAAAAAUCCCAAAUUUGGAAGAGUGAGACAAGUCCCAAUCUGGGAACUUGGUUGGAAAUUCCGUGGUUGGGACUUGUCUCACUUUGCCAAAUUUGGGAUUUUUAUGGGUAUUCUUUAAACACCCAAAAAUAUCCCAAAAUGGGAAUCCGUUAUUUUUUCCUGUGUUACAGGCAUCAGAAAACACCUGAUAGGAUAUGAGAGUAAUAGAGCGCAAUAGAGUGAUAAAAGUGAUGCAUAAUAAUCAGAAUAAUGACUGAGAUUUCCUUAAGGAGGGGGAAAUAUGGGCCUAUUUUGAAAACCGCAGCACUGCAAAAACCUUUUUAUGAAAACUGUGAAAGUCUAUGAUAAAAAUCUUUGAAGGCCAAAAAUUAAAACGCAGUCUUCUGCAAGGGUAAAAAGUGGCAAAUUCCCAAAUCCCAUUCUUGUGUCUCUAUAAUGUCUCUGUAAAUGACUUAAAACUUAGCAGUAAAACUUUUGACAAACACCUGAGAAAUGCACAAAUACAGAACCUGGAACAGAAGAAAAUAUGGAAACCCAAAGCUCCUUUUUUGAAAAAUAUCAUAAACUGUUUAGCGCCCUCAAAAGAAAAAAAAACUGAAAAACUGAAAAAAGGGGCAAGUUUCGAGAGGAAAAACCAAAAACUGAGCUCAAACUUUUAGUCCUAAAACUGCAAAUGCGGAAAACCCAAUGAUAGUUAAUGUGCUGCGAAUUAUGUGAAUAUAAAGAAAAUUCAGGCAAAAUAUUCAAAUGCAUUUCUCCUAUGCAGAUGGUUGAAAGGGCGCUCCGAAUAUUUGCCGAGCAGAAUUUUGGGAAGAAUGAAGAAUAUUACCCAAUUUAUCAAGGAGCGACACGUGAAAUACAAGUACUUGCGCUAAUGGCAAAAGGGGAAAGAAAUGUCUUGCUUCGUCCGUUCAAAAAGAAUAAGCUCACCAUCCUUGCAGAAUUGGCAGCGUACGUAGAGGAAAGCAAAAGAGAAGAACUUCAGGAUGCUUUGUCCAGAAAGGUUGGAAAAGAAGAAUCGUUAGAGCUGAAAAACGACGGCGACGACGAAGAUGGCGACGAAGAUGACGACGACGAUGACGACGACGAUGACUCCGAACCUAGAAGGUAAGAUCAUUGAUGAAUGCUCAUUUGCGUUUUGAUUGUGGGUCAUAAAAGUGCCGAAUUCACCGAAAAAAGGAAAAAGGAUGUGGAAAAUGACUAGUCAAUAUUGGGCUCUUAUGACGUUACCGCAUGCCAACUCGAGGAAGCCCCCCGGUUUUUGGUACCUAAUGAAGACGAUGGAAGCUGGAAGUUACCAGCCAUAACAAUGUCCAACGAUUUCAACGUUGUCUUUUCUUUUUGGUGUCAGUUUUCUUCUUUUUUUUUUUUCAAGUAAUCCUCAGCCGACUAAGGAUCAUAUCUGGUCCAAAGCAUUUAUAUUUUCCCUUUUUCCGUUUUCCCAAGACAUAUACAUAACAAGCUCUUGAUUAACAGCUGAAACAGCGAGCUGAGGAUCGGUUUUCAGGAGACGCUUACCGAUUGUAAGGCCAAUGGACGAGUUUGCACGACGAGAACCUUCAGUUUCUAGAGCAUCGUAUAAUGACAGUGUUUUUCUCUCUUUAAUUUAGUGAUAUAGACGCUGGAUUUGAAGUAGAAGGUGCUGCGAGUGCGACGAUUAAGAUUAACAGAGAACUUGGAAAGCUGGAACUGGGAAAAAUAGACCGAGAGUACAUACGAGACGCGGAGUUACGUGCUAUAUUGGCCAGUACAGAACUGGACAUCAACAUAUUUAAACCGUAUAUUGAUCGCAAACUGCGUUUGAUAACCUCAGUGGUUUACAGCGAGCAUUUUAAACUCAAAGGCAGAAGACGUCUUGAGGUAUUUAAACUUAACUUUGUUAGAAACAAGAUUGAAGUACGUCGAUCUAACAGCUCAUUCCAUCGGAACUUUUCCGAAAAAAGUUGUUCUUUCCGACGAUUUUCUCAUGUGCGACCUGUUCCUUUGCAGCCACAGAUCACGGCGCGCGAUCUAUGGUAGAACAUAUAGCGAAAUAGUAUUAGUAACACAAUCUCAAAAACUAUGGAAGCCGUAGGCAUGUAAUCCGGCACUCUAAGACAAGCAGAGUUAAUGUUUAUUACUACUAUUAUGAACGCAUUUUUACCUAAAAUGUUGUGUAUUGCCGUUGUUGUAGGAGAAGACGGCGAAUUGUAGCGAUUUAAAGGGUGUUGCACACACUUCAAAUCGCUAAAAUUCAUUUUUGCCACAUUCACCAAAAUGUUUGUGUGGGCCCCUGUGAACAAUUGAGGAGACUGAGGCUUGGAGGACAUAAAUAACUGGCAUUUGAGUUUUACCUCUAACAUGUCUUAGUCUCUUGUUUUUUUUUUCAGACGAACAUUUUCCUACAUAUUGCUGUGUUAAGUAUAUAAACGCUACAAGGACCAAAUGACUGCCCGAGUAAAGGCUAGUUUUAUUUGCCCCUCUUGAUUAUUGGCUCAACAGGGUUCUAUCUAGGGUAUUUGAGGGGUAGAAGCUCCCCCCCCCAAAAUGUCCAGCUUCCCCCCCAAAAAAUUAAUAUUGUUAUCAGUACAGUAUUAAGUAACUAUAUCGUCACUGCACACACUGUAAUACUUCUCAAAAUUGUGUCUCAAAAUGCACCAAAUUCAUCUCAGCACAUAUUCAUUUCAAAAAUUUUGGGGAGGGGGCAUGCCCCUGGACCACCCUAGGAAGCUCGUGGCCUUCGGCCACUCGGGACUUCUCCCCCAAACGAUAAAUCCUGGAUAGAACCCUGCUCAAGAAAAUACUCAUUUUGCUCGUUAAUCUUAUUCUUAAGGUUGAGGGGCGCGCAGGAGUUACAAUUCCAAUAGACGCUUUCCUUGCUAAAUUGAAGGGACACUUAAAAAAGGUCGUCAUUCCACCGAAGUUGGCGGAAAGAAACAAUCGUGGGCCUGUUCUCUUUAAGUGUUGCCGCGUGGUUUUCAACAAACAAACUAAUAAAUUAGAACUUCCAGAAGGGGAGGAUGUUGGUAUAGCUGUCCACAGAGACCUUGAAGACUAUGAAGCAGAGGAACAUAAGAAUACUACAGUAGGUCUGAAGGAGGACGAGGAGAGCGAUUUAGUAGGUAUGAGCCCCCGGGGGUCCUCCGGAAAGGGGUACCUUUUUCAGGCUUCAGUUAUAUGAAAGGAUAGGGAUUUUACUAGUUGAAAUAUUAGAAAGGGUAGGAAAUUCUGCUAAUAGAUGGAUUUUAUGGCAGUGAAAAAUUUGAAAAAACGUUCUAGUUCUGUGAUUUAUUCAUAUUUAAACGACAGGGAGUUUGCGCCAGUUAAAAGGGUUGUCAAAAGUCUAAAUUAGGUAUGUAAAAAAGGUACCAUUUAGAGUAAACGGGUUUAUUUUUCUGCCCAAAUAGGUAUAUAAAAUGGUUAAGGGUUGGAUCUUGGGGCGGAACCUCCCCGUAUAAAAGUACCCCCCGGUUAUGAGCCGAGAUCCGCCACGUUCACAGCGUGACUGGAAGCAGUGCGUAUUAGCAGUGUCUUUCUCACUGUCCUGUUUCUGGAAAUAUUCGCUUGGCUUGCCCGGCGAGUGUUAUUAUUUGAAAAGUUCCAAUCCGCUUAGCUGUUGCCUGAAAAAACUGCCAUACCGUAAAAUUCCGAAAAUAAGCCCCGGGGGUUAUAUUUUUCUAAGGCCGCUUUUGAGGGGCUUAUUUUUGGAGGGGCUUAUCUACGAAGGGAAGUUUAUGUUCAAAAUCGAUUGGGCUAGCCUUAUAGUUGGAAGUAAAUUUACCGUUUUUGCCUUGUUUUACUUAAUAUUUGAGGGUAAUUUUUCAAGUACGAGCCCCCGGGGGCUUAUAUUUGGAGGAGCGAUUUAACGGAGGGUUUUUUGCGUUACCGGUUUGGGGGGCUUAUAUUUGAAGGGGCUUAUUUUCGGAAGUUAACGGUAACUUUGCGACGCUUCCACUGGUUUCCCCGCGAAAUGACGUUUGAGAAAACAUUAAGUAGUAACAGGUCAUCAGUGUGGAAUUCCUGUGCCCCUUCCUCAGACAUCCUUUCAUGGGGAAAUCAGUUGUAGUAUCGCGACAUGUCGGCUGUUUUCUCAGGCAAGGUUAGCUGGGGUCCCGGAAUCACGAUAUGGGGAUCCCAGUUUACCGGGCCGGCUCGGUUGUAUAUGUAAUCGUGAAGUUGAUUUUUGUUCCGUUUUGUGCCAAGAUGUCGACAAUUAACAAUUAGUUCAUACGUCAGCGUGCGUAUGUCGAGAUAUUGAGCAGGCAGGAAGUUUGGAGAGCACGAAAGAGGCGUAAGAGUUGCUCGAGGGGCAGCCGAGAGUAACUCUAGCCUCUUGAGUGCCGUCCAAACUUCCCAAGUGCUCAAUAUCUCGACAUGCGCACAGCUGAAGCAUGAACUAACUGUUUUAUAACAUUAUCAAAGCGAUAAAUGCAGCAGUUAACUUAAAUUUUUGUUCUUGAAGCGCGCCCUCAAAGCAGUACGCGUCAAUGUCUACGUGACUAUAUUUUUUUACCUCACAAUUAUGUUUUUGUCUUAGUGAAACUGAGAGAAAGUUUAAUCAAGUCGCUUAAGAUAACGGUGAAAAAGAUUGUAAAAUCCAUAUUGAGGUGCUUCACCCAAAAAUUCUUUUUGAAAGAAAUAACUUUACAAAGAAUGAUUUGCACACGCCACAGCCCGUACAGCUCGUGCAGAUGACAACAACAACCUCACCAUGGAUAAUAGAAAGACUAUUAUCCAUGAACUCACCUCUUUUCCCUACUAUCGGUUGGCAAAUUCAAAAGUUUUCUCUUAAAUUUACGUUAUAAAACACAUGGUUAACGCUUCAUUGUGUACUGUUGAGUUAUGAUGCACUUGGGAGACUUCUUGGGAGGAUUGCUAAUCUUACAAGAACUCGCGGUAUAGUUUAUUGACGUCAUCAGCGCGCUCAGUGGGAAUAUGAAGCACGCUUGCGCUAUUGAAUUUGAAUAGGCGAAUUCUCUAGCUAUGUUAUAAAUUGAGCUAACCCAGUUCAUUUGAUCAGCCCCUAGAAAAGACAUAUUUUCGUACCUUAGAGAGGUUUGGGCCUUGCGGAUGCUGAAAGAAAAUGACAAAUAUCCAUGUUUACUCCGUGAUGGUAGAAAUUUAUCCUUGUUGAUUUAUGACAGCGAGUCUAAGUAUGAGCGAGUAUGAGUCAAGAAAGUGAUCCAAUAAUAUAAGAUACCAUAAUUAUAUACAUGUAUUUUCUUCAUGUUAGAUUUCUUUUCGGAUGAAUACGAAGAUAGCAAGAAGCUGGAGAGAAUUAAGACAUCAGUUUUGAAGCCAAGCAAGGACAGAGCGGAGAGGAAAGCGCGGAUCAACAAGUAUCUCAGCUGGGUUAGUGAGAUCAUUGUAAAACAAGUUACAACUCUCUUUGUAUGUUAUACACAAAAAUCAAACUAACAAACACAAGUUACAACUCUCUUUGUAUGUUAUACACACAAAAAGCUAACAUACAAUCAAACAAACAAGUUUGUGUAGUAGCGAAUUCCAGCUGUUAUUGUGGAUGUUAAGUCCUUCCAUAAUACAGAAUAAUCAAGGCUGUCUACGCGGCACGUAGCACAGGUGGCCCAAGCGUAAUAUGAGAGUUUGUAUGGGAAAAAUAGAGUUUGAAACUUAGGUGAAAUAAAUGAAAUAAAAGCGAUAAAAGUUAUCAAUAAAUUGUUACCUGGAGUCGUUGUCUUUGUUUUUACGAAGUUUCAGCGCGUUUUGAGUACUUUUACAUCAUCUGACCUGACAGUGUAAUAAUAAGAGACUCUUAUUUACUUCAUUUAUUUCAUCUAAGUUUCAAACUCUAUUUUUCCCAUACAAACUCUCAUAUUACGCUUGGGCCACCAGUGCAGGUAGCACGCAUUGCAGUGCAAAAGUGAAAGUGGAUAUCGUAGAGAGUGCAAGCGCCUCAUGGCCUGAGUACGUGGAACGCAGUAGCCUGAGAAAACAGCCGACACAUCGCGACGCCACCACUAGUCUCUUCGCGAAAUGAUGUCUGAGGAACGGGCUCAGAAAUUCCAUACUCCUGAGGUGUCACUAUCCAGAUCUGAGUGGUUGGCUUCUGAUUGAUUGAAGCAAAUUUUCAACCAAUCAGAAGCACGACCAAGAUCUGGGUAGUGACUCGUCAUCAGUAUGAAAUCUCUGCGCUUAAUCCUCAGAUGUCAUUUCGUGGGAAACUGUUGGUGGCAUCGUGAUUCCGAAAUGUCGGCUGGGAAGGCAGACUAGAAGAAAUUUUAGCUACUGAAACAUCUCUCAGGUAUUGAUUGCACCGUAAUUAAAGCAAUGUUUGAGAACGAACCCAUAUGUUCGUGGCAGUGUAUUGUGCAGUUAAACACUUUUGCAUACGUGUUUUGUUUGAAAUAGUCCCCUGAAAUAAUUUUCAAGCCGAGAAUUGAAACUGCAAUCUUUUCUCUCGUUUGAUUAUAGUUUGAAAAAGCCUUGACACAGAAACAGAAGACCUUGUUGCUUGAGGAACCUCUUAACGAUGACGACUGCACAUUCCUUCGUCGCAUCUUUCUCAGUGCAACUCCCGAUCAACGCACAGUGGAUAUGACAAAGUUUGAAGUGGAAAAGAUUCAGGGAUAUGCAGUUAUUUUUAAGCUACUUGCAGGUGAGAUUGAGGGUAAAGGAAUUCCAGACCAUUGGACUGGGUAAGAUUUUUGUAGGGCGGUGGUGAUAUGGGCAUCCCCUUCUUACAUUACCUUAGCGAUGUGGGUUAGGGUUAGGAUUAGGAUUUAAGGGGAUGCCCAUAUCACGAGGGUUUUUGGAAUGGGGAUGCCCAAAACGCGGGGAUGCCCAUAUCACUGUGACAGCGGGGUAGGGCAGAGGUGAAAGUGCCUCAGUAUGAGUGUACAUGAGAAAAUGCAGCCUGGUGAUAAGGAGGUGUUAGGAGAAAUGUCCAAAGCUAUUUCCUAGUUGAUAUGGUUUACAGACUGUCCAACCUUUUAAGAAUAAAAAUUCGGGAGAUUCAGUUUAACCACAGCCGAAAAACGCGAGCGUCAAAGGUCUGAGCCUCUAGGGUGGGAGGUAUGGGACAUGCUUCCUCAGAAAAUUUGAAAUUUUGAUGAUUUGAAAGGCUUCUUCUGUGUUCGUACAGGACAAAUUCUCUGUUAAAAAUAUUCGGUAAAUCGAUCGUCAUUUUUGUGUGGCUUGUUUUCUGUAAUAAUUGACCAUCAAGAUAGCGGACACAAUCACAAAUCCUUUAUUAGCUCUGCGUGGCUUUGCGUACAAGUACUUGCAGAUUUUGUUUUUAAUUAAUUUCUUGCGGUUAGGUUUCGUAAGUUUUCUAUAUCCGUUAACUGAAACUAUAAAAGUGUACUCUGUUUCGAUUUCUUGUAUAAGUAUCAUAAGAAUUGGAUGAAAAUAUCAGAACUGAUGUCAAAAUCGGGAUUCUUCCUAUUCCCGUCGGAGUUUUCAAGCAAAAUCGGGGCACUCACCACGAGAACAGGAUGGUUGGACAACCUGGGUUUAACGUUGCUACACUGUGUGAUUUACUAUAAACACUUUCGUGAUCUUUGGUGGUCACUUUUCAGCGCUUUCUAACUGUGACAAGUGUCCUGUAAAGGAUUUAAGAGAACGAAAUUUGAAAUUGUGUCUACCGAUACAACAACUAAAAGACUAAAGAACACAAAACUCGCUUUUUCAUUAAAUAAUAAAAAUUUUCCAUGCUAUGGCUUUUUCACCUGAAAUAUUUAUUUUUUUUUGAAAAUGAGGUUUGUCUGACACGGACUGGAAUGAAGUCGAAAAGGCCUGGGCUGAGUGAAGAAAAACAAGUCAAGGAACGCGAUCUUCGUCAACCAAAUGAAUUACUUUAAGUUAAAUUGCAGUUAUAUUAUAGACAGUCUCUUUAAAAAUUGGAUUCUAAGUAGCUGUUUUGUAGAUUUACUGCUGGGUAGAUUUAAAAAAUUCUAACCCCUAAUUUUACAAGAAUAGGGUGAGUUGAAAACGCGCUGCCUACUGAUUCAUGAACAGCCGCCAUCUUGCAUGUUGCCUGUUUCCUCGACCUUUUUUCAGUCUCGCCCCAUUGUUUUUUUGGUCAUUCAAAAGUGUGGGCAUCGGAG